AUGAAUGUCACGAAGAAAUUCGAUCGCUUCAAGCAAUGGACAAACGAAAAGAUGGGCGCCGAAGCCCGCACCGGCCUGUCGGACGAGUUCAAGGCGCUCGAGGUGGAGAUGAACCUGCGUCAUGAGGGCAUGGACAAGAUGCAGCAGGCCAUGGCCGUCUAUGUAAAGUCGCUCUCCAAGCGCGCAGAGGGCGCCGACAAGGAGAAGCAGCUGCCAGGCGGUCACUUGGGCUCUUCCAUGGUGACGCACGGCGAGGACUUUGAACCCGACUCGGAAUUCGGAAUGUGCCUGUCUUCCCUGGGCCGCGCAAACGAGCGUCUGGCAAGAGUGCAAGAGACAUAUGUAGCCAGUGCUACGUCAUCAUGGCUCGAGGGCCUUGAGCGCUCCCUCGUCCAAAUGAAAGAGUACCAGGCCACACGCAAGAAGCUCGAGACGCGCCGGCUCGCAUAUGACACGUCGCUCGCCAAGAUGCAAAAGACGAAGAAGGAGGACUUCCGCAUGGAGGAGGAACUUCGCUCGCAAAAGGCAAAGUACGAGGAGACGAGCGAGGAGGUGUUCCGAAGGAUGCAGGACAUCAAGGAGUCCGAGGUCGACAUGGUCCAGGACCUGACUGCCUUCCUCGAGGCCGAACUCAGCUACUACGACCGCUGCCGUGAGAUACUCCUGACGGUGAAGCGGGAAUGGCCGGUUAGGGAGAACCGGGCCCUGGCCUCUCGCCCAGCACGAUCUCGGUCCAAUACGGCCCAUGGCUACGCCGAGCGCUUCAAUCCGGUAGAAGAAGAGCCAGAGCCAGAGCCAACGCGCAUGACCAUCCCCAAGUUAUCUAAACAGCGAAGCCGCUCCCCCGUACCCGACCAAUCUCCCAGUGGCUACUCUCUGCGCCCCUCCAUCAGCCGUACUUCUACCUACGACAACUCUGCCCGAGAGGACUCCCCGGCCCGCCGAUUGGCCCGCGUCCCUACCGAUUCCUCUACCAUAUCCUCUGGUCGUAACAAUCUGCGUCCAGUGCGUCGCGCCAGUUCCACUCAACAAAAUGCUUUUGCCGACGACUACGAAGACGACGACUACGAUGCUUCCGCCAGCAACGGCAAUAGUUAUCGACGCAACGACCGCGAUCGAUCGCCACCGAGCCCGGACACCGCGUCGUCUGUUGGUAGCGCACGCGGCAGCGCAAUUUCGAGGGCUGCAAGCUGGACCGCGGCCUCUGAUCAGGGAGGCAACGGCAAGAAAGCCCCGCCGCCACCGCCCCCAUCAAGGGCGAAGAAGCCGCCGCCACCUCCACCUCCAAUGAAGCGAAGUGCGUUGAGUGAGACUCAGCUAGCACGCUACUAG